ACAAGCAAAUCGGAAUGGAACCACAAUUCUGACCUGGCAGCGGAUCUGAGCCGCCGCCGUUACACUUUGUUUAAGGUUGUUUGUUAAGUAGGACCCAACCGUUGCGUUGUCCCAAAACUCAUCUUAUUAUUUUCUUCUUCAAACCUCUUCUAUCUUUCUGUCUGCCAACCAUCAAUGGCCGAAAGUCCGAAACCAAACCCAGUUUAACGCAACCUUCAUCAGAAGUAAAGGCACCAAAUUUGAUCGAGAGAGCAAAGGAAGAGAUUGAAGCAAUGUUGCAUCACACAGACGAAUCAAAUCACCAUUACAAGGAAACUCAUGGCUUGCGUGAAGACAUCGAUGAAAAGACCUCAUUACAGGAAGUCAAAGCUCCAAAUGUGUUUGAGCGGGUGAAGGAGGAGUUGGAAGCUGUAGUUGAAGCAAUUCAUUCCAAGAAGGAAUCUGAUCCAAUUAUUGAAAUUAAAACACAGGAAAAGGCUGAUACAAAAUCAGAAAAUAAUGGUAAGUCACCUAGAUUUCUAGAUUAUGCCAAGGGAAAGAUUAAAACAUUCAUGCACCAUGACAAUUCGCCAAAGCUUCACAACAAAGAGACUCACGGAACAAGCGAUGGCUUCGACAAUACUACCCCAGUGGACCACGUCAAGGCUCCUAACGUCUUUGAAAGAGCAAAGGAAGAAAUUGAGGCCAUUGUCCAGACAAUGCAUCCCAAGAAAGAAGAGAAGAGUCCAGUCUCCUCACCCAAUAAUAAGGAAGGCGGAUUGGCUGUGUCGAUCGGAAAAGGGCUGGAGAAAGUGUGAUCUCCUAGCAGUAAUAACAAAGACUAGCCGGGUUUGAUAAACUUGUAACAUCUCUUACUCAUUUUUAUUGACAUUUUAUUGCAAAGUUUUUAAAUAUGAAAUCAAUUUGAAUACAAACACCUACAUGGGAGGAAUUUAUAUACCAAUGCCAUGUUGAAAUAUAAUUUUCUUCCCUUCAAUGCCUGGUAUGUUGGAAGUGGUAUUUAAAUAAACCCAGAUUUUCAGAUCACAUA